UCUCCCACCCGCCAAUUAAUGCUCCCUUGGGACCAGCGCCUUACUUCAAUGCGAAGAACCAAAAAGGACUCCCGGGGAAAAAAAAGGAAAGAAACUUGGAGGAGCAGCAGCAGCAGAAGCAGAGCGCGAGGAAGAAGGCGGACUUGACUGGGAUCCCCCGCCUGGGGCCCACAUGGCAGCAGCGCCUUGAGCCCGGCGCGCCCAACGGAACUCCGGCGAACGCCGCCGGAAGGAAACAUCCCGAGAUGCCGCCGCGGGGAGCGGCGCUACUCCUCCUCGUGGUUUGUGUGCAACUGGGAAUAUCAAGCUCAACAAGUAUUGCAGCGUACUUAUUUGGAUUCUGGAGUAGAACACAUCAGCAUCGUUUUUCUGCCCUAGCCCCAGCACCUUCUCCUCAACCUCAGCGCCCCAUUAUCAGUCAUCCAGUGCAUAGGCAUCACAGAAAAAGACCUCAUUCUUACCCACCACCUUCAUCGUCAGAAAGACAAGAUUGCAGUGGAACAGCUUGCUCUGCUCCGCUUACUUCUACUCCAAUCGGUUCCCCCUGUGGUUGUGUAUAUGCUAUGCAAAUUCAGCUUAACCUUGGAGUAGCACCAUAUCAGUUAUUUCCAAGAAUUGAUGAGUUAGAAAUCGAGAUUGCAGCUGGUACAUUCCUGAAACAGAGUCAAGUUCGGAUAAUGGGUGCUGGGAGUAGUCUUCAAGAUCCUGAAAAGACAACGGUAACCAUUGAUUUGGUGCCACUAGGUCAGAAGUUUGAUAGGACUUCAGCCUUACUGAUCAGCAACAGAUUUUUGCAAAAGAAGGUGCCAAUAAAUUCAUCCAUUUUCGGUGACUAUGAUGUCACAUAUGUUCAUUAUCCAGGACUUCCUUCUUUGGUACCUAUUCCAGGAUCCUUGGGUCCAGUAAGCGGUAAUGAGCACCCUUUUGGUGCAAAUAUACACAAUAGAAGCCAUCACAAGAUCAACUCUAAAAUGGUUGCCAUAAUUGCUCUGUCAGCAGUGGUUCUUGUUUUGAUGUGCUUUGCCAUUGGCAUCGUUUGGAGAUAUAAAGGAUUUGAAAAUUCUCAUGCUACUGGCCGCAUUUCAAAUUCGUCGAUCACGAGAAAAGGAGGUUUGAGGUCAUCAUGCUCCAAUACGAGCAGCUCGGCAGCAUCAUUCGCUUCAACAAUAGGAACAUACCCAUCCACCGUUAAGACAUUUACAAUAUCUGAGCUUGAGAAGGCCACAGGAAACUUCAGCUUCAGCAAAAUAAUAGGUGAAGGAGGUUAUGGACGUGUUUAUCGUGGUAUAAUUGAAGAUGGUAUUGAUGUUGCUGUCAAAUUGCUCACAAGGAAACAUCAGAACAGAGAUCGUGAAUUCAUUGCAGAGGUUGAAAUGCUAAGUCGUUUGCAUCAUCGCAAUCUUGUCAAGCUGAUUGGUAUAUGCAUUGAACGGAGCACGAGAUGCUUAGUAUUUGAGCUUGUUCCAAAUGGAAGCGUUGAAUCUCAUCUGCAUGGCUCGGAUAAAAUAUACGGCCCGCUUGAUUUUGAUACUAGAAUGAAAAUAGCCCUUGGUGCGGCAAGGGGACUAGCCUAUCUGCAUGAGGAUGCCAAUCCCCAUGUCAUUCACCGUGAUUUUAAGGCUAGCAAUGUUCUAAUGGAAAACGAUUUCACCCCCAAGGUUGCUGAUUUUGGUUUGGCAAAGGAAGCAUCAGAUGGGAUUGAACAUAUUUCUACUCAGGUCAUGGGAACUUUCGGGUACGUUGCCCCAGAGUAUGCAAUGACGGGGCAUCUCCUUGUCAAGAGUGACGUGUACAGUUACGGUGUGGUGCUCCUCGAGCUGCUGUCCGGCCGGAAGCCCGUGGACAUGACACAGCCGCCGGGGUCAGAGAACCUCGUUACCUGGGCGCGCCCGCUCCUCACCAGUCGGGAAGGCCUGCAGCGGCUGGUCGACCCGUCGAUGCCGGCGGGCUACAACUUCGAGAAGCUGGCCAAGGCGGCGGCCAUCGCCUCCAUGUGCGUAAACGUCGAGGCGUCCCACCGGCCGUUCAUGGGCGAGGUCGUGCAGGCGCUGAAGCUGAUCCACAGCUGUUGCGGCGGCGACGAGACCCGGAGCGGUUCCUUCGGCGGCGGCGCCACGGGUCAGGAGGAGGGGGAGUCACCGUGGGACGACGGCAGCAGGAGCACGUGGAACGACGCCGCCGUCGCCACGCCGCCGCGCCUGGCAUACGGCUCGGACCCCAUCGGCGCCGACGAGCGGAGGCCGCGGUCGGCGUCGAGCGCGGUGCUGGACAAGAUCGAGUCCCUGGCGAUGCACGACUGGUCCGGCCCGCUGCGCGCCAAGGGGGGGCACAGCUUCUACAGGCUGAGGGGGAGCAUGAGCGAGCACGGCCGUCCCUCGGACGACGGCAGCGUGGAAGGCUACUGGAUGUAGCCGACGAGCCGGCGAUGAUCCACAGAUUGCCGCUGCCGUGUCUCGCGUUUCUCGUCUCGAUCUUGAACUGUAUAGCUGCUGCUUGAUGAGAUUUUGGUGCCUGUUGCGAAGAACACAUCGUUCCGAUCAUCUAAUGUAGUCGAUGCAUUUUGCGCCCCCCCCCCCCGGGCGCCGAUGGGGUCCGAGCCGGAUGCCUGUUGCGAAGAACACAUCGUUCCGAGCCGGCGAUGAUCCGCAGAUUGCCGCUGCUGUGUCUCGCGUUUCUCGUCUCGAUCUUGAAUUGUAUAGCUGCUGCUUGAUGAGAUUUUGGUGCCUGUUGCGAAGAACACAUCGUUCUGAUCAUCUAAUGUAGUCGAUGCAUUUUGGCCCGGAGCUGUUAAAUUUCCAGA